CCCAACAUGGCCGCGCUAGUGGAAGGCCAGAAAUACGGGCUCUCUUCAAAUUUUUCUCUUCACGACCAAAAAACGGUCGUUCAAGUUAGAUUAACAGACUCAGCACUAAAAGCAAUAGAGGAAUAUUUAAAAUUGAAGAAUGCUAGUAACACUAAGCCCAGUAUACAAUUUCAAGGCAGUCAGGGGGUCAUUACAAUUCCAAAGAAAUCCUCUGAUGAUAGCAGAACAUUCCAGUUUUCUUUAGCAUCUUUAUCAGAACCAGGUUAUGACUGUGUACAGCAGUCUGCUCCUAGCAAUGGAAACCACAUGGUACUUGAAGGUUCUAUGACCAAUAAAAUGACAGUGAAAGGCACUAGUGAUGUUUUCCAACAAACCAGAGAACAAAUGAAAAGUGCUCAAGAGGAAUAUUGUAAAGUUAGAACCCAGGAAAUCAAACACAGUGGACCAAAUAUUAGUAAAAGGGUCAAACACAUAAUUAAAAAUCCAAAACGAGAACUUGACACAUCCCAUCCCAAACCAUCUCCAACAAUUAGUGCAAUAAACCAAAAUAAACCUAAGCCAACUGUGGUUUCUCCCAUGCCUGUGGCUGCUCCGGUGCAUGCACCAGUGCCUCAAAGACAACCUCCAACAAACCUUUCUGUGCCAGUACCUGUGCCUACACGCCAACCUCCAGCAAACGUUGCUGCGCCAGUACCUGUGCCUCAACGCCAAGCUCCAACAAACCUUGUCACCUCAACAACUACAUCAGCGCUUCAUCGUAAUAAUGCUGUUCCGUCUUCCAAUGUUAACAAAGGAUUCAUCCCGUCUUCUACAAAACCUGCUAGUACAGUUAAUCCUGCUGUGAUGCAAAAACCUUUCAGGGAAAGACUGUUACAUUUACUAGCUGUAAGGCCGUUUAAGAAACCUGAGUUGUUGGUGCGAUUAAAAAGAGAUGGCAUGAAAGAGAAAGAUAAGGAUAGUUUUGGACAGCAUGUAACAAGUGUGGCUUCCCUGAAUCCUCGUGAUAAUAAGUAUUACCUCCUUAAACAUCUGUAUGCAGAUGUCUCGCUAGACUGGCCUUUCUAUUCAGACAGUGAUAAAGACCUUGUCAAAAGUAAACUACAGAGUCUGUCCCCUUCAGCUUCACCUGCUAGCCAUCCUUCACCCGACAGCCCUACAAGCUCAAUACCACAGAAAAGACCAAUUGAACCCGCGACAGUAGAACUCCCACCAAGUAAGAAACAGAAGAGGAUAUCACAUUAUGAUAAAACUAUUAAAAGCAAACAGGAAGUGACAUCAUCAGUCAAUGGGCAUGACAGGAAACAUACCAAAGAGAAUAUUGAUGAUUCUUCCAAUGUUGACUCCACAACCAGUGAUCUGGACUUUGUGAACAAAUAUAAUAAUAUUAUGAGUAUGGAUCAGAGAAAUAAAUACAAACAGGAGUUUAACUUAGAAUAUGAAGAGUACCGUAACCUUCAUAAGAACGUGGAGAAAGUCACUCAGAAGUUUGCUGAUCUAGAAGUCAAAAUGAGACAGACACAGCAAGGAACGGAAGAGUUUGAGAAGUUAAAGGAAUUAAUCAGGACUGAAUAUAAAGUACAGAAAGAAGAUAUCAAGUACAUUGAACAGAAAAAAAGAUUUGAAUAUUUACAUAAAAAAUUGGGCUUUAUCAAGGAGUUAAUAUUAGAUUAUGACCGAUCUCAAGCUAUUGUGGAUUCAUAGCGAUAGUUCCACCUCUGCGGUGGAUUUUUGUUGACAACCUAGUUGUUACUUUUUGGUAACAAUGUUUCUGGCCAAUGGAUCUGGAGAUUUCGCUUUUUAUUAAGUCAUGUGAUGUAAGAGUUGCUUUGUGUAAGCUAUGUGAUGAAUGUAUGUGUUCACAUGUGUCAAAUGUGUAUUCAGUGUUCAGGAAAAGCUAAAUGGUAUUCUCAAUGAAAUCUGUAUUUGUCAAUGUUUUAUUUGUGAGAGAAAAUUAGUGAUAGAAGUUCACCUUAAAGUGCCAUAUUAUAAAAAUAUCAAAGGGGGAAAAGUUUUAAAAAGUAGUUUCUGUUUUAUAGAAAUUAUAUACUUAAUUAUACUGAAUCUGCAUUUGGUUUCUGAAAAUGUUAACUUGAAUGAGUAGAAUUUAAGAUGUAACAUUUUUGACAUUGUUGAAUAGUGUAAUACAAGGGAAUGUGAUACCUUUCUUGUCUAAGUCUGCAUUGAUAUAAUAUUUAUAUACCUUUAACACCUGGACAACAUAAAUUAUAUUUUACUUUAGUAUUGGAUAUGCUUAUAUAAUGCAUUAAUUUUUUUCUGAUAAAGAGGAGAUAACCCAAUUUGAAAUAUUCUGGUGCAAUGGUCUUCAAAUACAUCUAAGUCUGAGAUUUUAGGUUAAACUUUAAAAUGUGCCAUUCAGUGAUGGAAUUAUCUACGCCAGAAUAUAAAAUUAAUUUUAAAAUCAAUUUUUGCAGGUGUUUUAGAUUGGGAGGGUAGGUGUCAUUUCCCCCUCUGUUUUCAUUUUUAUAAUAACUAUAAAUAAACAUCUCCCAGAUAAAGGUAUUAUAAUGCACCAAGAUAACAUAUUGAGUGAAAAAGAGAUUUUUUUUAAUCAAUAUAAAUGAGUGUUUCUCUUAAUUACAGAUAAAAAGAAAAUGUGGAAGGAUAUAAAAACAUUACUUAACUUGAAUACUAUUUCAUUGAGAAAAUUAUUUAUGUGUUGCACUCAACAUGUCUUAUUGGUAUAUUGUCGUAUGUUUCUACAUACUAAUAUAUUACCGGAAUGUUUCGAAGAAAUAAAAAAAAUGCUUUAAAAAAAUAGAAAACCGAGUGUUUAAAUUAAAAAAAUGAAACUUAUUAUCUUUAAUUAAGGUCAAGGGUUGCUUUAAUUAGGUUACCUCUCCAAGUUCAUUGCAUUAUCCUAUAUUCAUAUCAGUAUUCUAAACAGUGUUGUAGUAUUAUUAGGGCUCAAGUUAAGCAUUAAAACCUGACACAUUCCAUUUAUGGUGAAACCUAUCUAAACUUCGAUCAUGUCUCUCUUUUGACCUCUACUCACUCAAAGUGAGCUAUCGCUAUUACUCGUCAUCCAUGAGUCCUCACACUCUAUAAAAGAAAUCUUUAUCUCUUUAACAAACAUAACCAAUUUAAACCAAAACAGAAUAUUAAUUUUUAAGAUUUUGAGUUGGAAACUUGAUCUCAUGCUGCUCUCAACCAACCAACAUUUUCUUCAAGUUGAUCAGAAGUUAAGCAAGAUAGUAAUUUUCAAUACAGGUACAUUUAGAGUUUCCUUCCAAUUGACCUAUUUCUCUUUGAAUUGCGGGCAAUGAACUUUCCAACAUUUCAUGAUAUAGUUUUUUAUUGACUUGAUUUGAACAAGAAUUACUUCCCUUUUGUUUUAACUUGGACGUCUACAAACUUGCAUUCCUAUAUAAAUCAGUCAAAUUCAAAUUGUUAUACUGACAUUGGAAUGUAGGAAAAGAUGUUUUCUGAACAAUUUUGAUUUCUUUUAGUCUUGUUUCAUUACUGUUAUCUAGUCAGGAUUAUUAAUUAUGAUGAUUACUUAUUGGCAUUUUAGUUGUAAUAGUUCACAUAGGAUUUGUGAAAAUUUAUAUAAAUAUGGCAUCUAAUAUUUGUUGAGGUGUACAGGUUGUUUGGAAGCUUCAAUGUUUAAAGGUGAUAGGCUAGCAGCUAAUUUACCCAAAAGACUUGUUGUUACAUGGCUUUUGAAAACAAAGACAGGAUAUUUCAAUAACUUAGGGGUAGAUGGUGAACACAAUUAGUUCAUGCUUUUGCUUCUUUUUAGUUAAAACAAAAAUUAGUAAAGGGGGCCAGGGGGGGGGGGCUAAAUAGUAUUAAAUGGACAAUAUUAAUGAACUUUGAUAGACUAAUUUUCUGUUUAGAAAGGUUUCACUGUUAAAGCUUUCAUUCCAUAUGUUGUUCUUUGAACUUAUUAUAAACCAGGACAGGUUUUGUGCAUUUUAUUUGAAUUUGAGGUCUAAAAGUAUUCACAUUAUACACAACACAUGUUUCAAAAUGUCUUUUUAUUCAAAAUAGGACAUUAAUAAUGAUUUAUUUAGGAGCAGAUUUCUUAUAAUUAUUUUUUUGUUACCACUACACUGAUUAAGAAUGAAAUAAAACUUAUCUUAAUUGCCAAAGUUAAAAAAUCACUUUAAUCAAAACCUCUCUUUCUAAACUGAAUAGGAGAUGAAUAACAUUGAAAAGCAAGAACAUUUUUUAUUGCCAUAUUUAUCAUAUUUUACACAACUACCUGUCUUUCAAAGGUCAACGGUCAUUAUUUUAAAAUUUUUGUUGUGAAAUUUGAUAUAUGUGUAAAACUACCACUGUGCCUCAAAUAACUGAUCAAAAUUCAUGAAUAGCAUCGAUUGUUUGAGGGUAUGUAUUCAUAAAGCCAUAACAAUUUGGUGCUGUCAAAUAACGGAUUGACACAUCCAAAUAUGAGAUAUGCUGUUGUAUUCUUUUAAUGAUCCUUAUUUUGAAGCAAUUAAUGCCAGGGGAAGAAAAAGUAAAACGAAAACUUCAAUGAAAAUAAAAUUAUCCUGUUUUUAUCAACUGUUCAGUUACCAAUAGGGGAGGUUGCAAGGAUCUAACAUAUUUAGCAAAUAUCCUGAAAAUCUUGGAAUUGAGUGAUUAAAGCAAUAAAUAGACAAAUUGAAAAAAAUUAAUUUGAAAUGGAAGAAAAUUUAAGGGUUUGUUUUUGAUUUUGGGAAACUUCAGGUAGAAACAUAGAAGUGUCAUAUAAUAUCAAAAUUUGUGUAUGCUAUGCAGAUACUGUUUCUCAUAGUGAAAGUGUCAACUUAAAACCUGUUUUCCUUAAACUAAACUAAUUGUAUUCAUAAAUGAAUGUCAGAAAAAUUAAUUUUAUGUUGUAUUAUGAUUUUAUAGUAAGUUUAGCCAGUUGUUCAUCAUGCAAAAUUAAAAGUAAAAUAAUUUUUGUUGCAACCCUUUACUCCAUGGAAAUAAUUUUUUAGAAACAUGAUUCGCAUAGGAUUUUUUCAAUAGAUAAAAAAUCAUCAGAUUUAAAGUAUUAAUGCAUUGCUAAAAUGAAUAAUUCAUCAAUAAAAGUCCAGUCAGAUAUUGGCAUGACAAUCCUUUUUAUAUUAGAUACAAAUUUUAUUAAGUCUGAUACAGAUUUUUUGUAGUCAAAACAUUUCAACUGAGGCACUACAUAGCAUGCACAGGGGGAAUUAAAGGGUAAAGGGUUGCAUCAAAUGUGUAAAUUUUUGAGAUAGAAGAUUUGUUUUUAUUGAUAUAAAAUUUCAAUUUUAUUUCAAUCUGAUAACAAUACAAAUUUCCACAUUUUGUUUACAAGAAUCUGACAUUUCAUCAGCCAAUGAAAUCUCUGCCUCCAAAUUUUUAAGGGUGUGCAUGGCUAUGUAAAAAAGGCAGCCGUAAACUUUACUAUUUAGAUACUUCAAAACUUUAUUGUACAUCUAAGGAUGAAAACCAGCUAAAUUUACUGUAAAACCAUAGAAUAACAAUUGUGAUUUGUUUUAAUGGUGAGAAUGAGUGCGUGUGCACUUUCAUGAUCAUUGUACAUCUAAGGAUGAAAACCAGCUAAACUUACUGUAAAACCAUAGAAUAACAAUUGUGAUUUGUUUUAAUGGUGAGAAUGAGUGCGUGUGCACUUUCAUGAUCAAAUGAUAGCAUUGACCACAAUCUGUGAUAAUUAUUUUUGUUUUUAUCAGACCAUGGUUGUAGAUAUAUAAUAUCUUGUAUGAAUGAAAUGGAGUACACAGGUUAAACCUAAAUGACAUUUAAUAUUAAUGGCCAAAGUCAGAAUUUGUCUGCGAAAUUUAUCUUUGACUCUUUUAACUUUUUUUUCUUGUUGUGGAUAUUUUUUGCUGCUAUAAGAAAUGGAAUGACUGAAUAUAGACAUUUUUUGAAUUAUUUAUGCUCAAACACAACUUUAUUAAGAUAUCUUAUGAAGAGAUAAAGUUCCAAUCAUAUACACUUGUUAUGCAGUAUUUGGUGCUAUUCAUGACGUUCUAUAAAAUCAUAAGUUUUCAUCUCUAUCUGUUUUAUAGAAGUUACUAAGUUAGUAUGUACGUUUAGGUCAGUGAUAGAAACAGUAUAUGCCAGUUUGUAUGGAUUUACAGGGGUAUACAUAAUCAAUGUUUUGUUAUCUCCCUUUAAUGCUCAGGUGUUCAGCUGAUAGAGGCAAAUAAUGAAUUGCUGUCAAAAUAUAGAAUAGUCUGAACAACAUGAAAGAGCAAGUGCUAUAAUUUAUUCUCAGUUAAAUUAUUGAAUUAUAGCUAGUGCUUUAAUUUAUUCUAAUUAUUUAAAUGUACAUAAUUGUAUACAGUCAGAUUUUAUUUUGGGUUCAGUUUUUCCUUUUACUGUUUAUUUGUAAGAUAUUUGAUUUUAAUGUGUAUAUCAAAUUUGUCAAUGAAAUGAAAGAAUGACACAAGACACUGCAAAUAGAAAAGUGCAAUUGCCUUUCUAUAAGUUUGUUCUGUUGUAUGUAGUAUAGAUGCUGAUACAUUACAAGUUACCAUGUUAUUAGAAAUCAAACCAGUUCAGUUCUGGAAAAAGAAAGGAAAAUUACACCAUGUUAAACAGAAUGUCUGUCCAUUUAUAUUAUCUACUUAUAACAAUGCAAAUACUGAUAAGUCACGAGAUUGGCUGGAUGUGGGGUCCUCCUUUUCAGUAUUAUUAGAUUUCUUAGCUCAUUUUCCUUCUUUCUUAAUAUUUUUUGGGCAUUAUUCUCUGUUUUUAAUUUCAUUAAAAUAUUAUAGUGCACCAUUACUCUCUAUUAUUUUUUUUGACUCAUUUUUCUCUCUUCUAUUUUUUUAAUUAAUUUUUGGUAUACUUGACCCAUUAUUAUUUAUUCUGUAAUUUCCACCCAGACCCCCAAACCAGUUGUUACAUUUUGUAUUGUUAAUAAAGAAAUAACUUAACUUCUGGAGGAACAAGAUAUCUAUGGGAAAAAUAUGCAUUAACAUUUAUAAAUUUUCCUAGUUAUAAAUGGGACUUGAAAACAAAUAAUUAGGAUGAUGGCAAAUAUUACACGGGUCAUGCUUGUUUAAAGCUUAAAAUAUCACUUAACAAAUUAUAAGAAAUUUCAGUGCUGAAUUCAACAAAAUUUGAAAAUAGCUGAAGGGGAAAUAACUCAGAUUAUUUCAUUAUUAAAAAGAAAUGAAGGCACCAACCUGCAUUACUCUUCAAUUGAUGAAUUACUAGAUAUAACAUACCAUAUAAUGGAUCAACAAGCUAACAGUCUUUUCUUAAAACUUAAGUCUGUUACAAAUAUCAAUAGUAUAUGUUUAUUCUAAUUAACUGGCAAUAUCAAGUAUAAUUGCUUAAUGAAUUGCAAGCUGAAUGAAAAACUCCAGCAAUAAACCAACUUUGUCAAAAAGCAGUGACAGAAAUAAAUGAUGCAGAGCUAUAGUAAUUAAAAAAAUCCUAUAACUUGAUCAAAAUUUAAAUCUUUUGUGAUUUAUAAGCACAAAGAUUAAUAGAUUAUUCUAGUCAGAAUCGAGUAGUUAUUUACUGGUCCCAUUUUUUCCAAAAUCUAACUUAUGUCCUAUAGUAUUUGCUAUUUUCUUAAAUAUCAAUGAACAGCUUGAACACAAUUCUCGUCCAAUCAAGUUCAGUAGACCUUAACAUUAAAAAUGGCAGGCAAUAAAGGUUGUUUAUGCAAAGUUUACUAUUUCUUGUUCACUGCUGUCUGUGUUAACUGUUAUCUGUUUUUGCAUGUACUUUUACAUUUUAAUGUAAAUACUGAUUUGCUCGUUAAUUGAUUGAUUUAGAUCUUGUGAAUUCAAAAUGGAAGAUCUUGACUUUUAGAAGAAUGAAUACCAAUGGCUAAAGAAACUCAUUGACAAAAUGAAACUUUUAUUUCUCAUUUAUUCUGUGCUUCAAUGUUACUUUCUUUUUCACAGAAUAAAUCUACUCAAAGAAUAAAUUGAGAUCUGAAUAUAAAUUUAAUGUUCUGUGAAAAUUGAAAUAAAGAAUUUUUUAGAAAACUGAAAUACAAAUAGCCAACUAUGGAAUUAGAUCUCAAAUUUAGAAUACAUAGAGGUGUAUCAUAAUAUUGUCUUUGUUUUCAAUGCGAUAUUCGCUAUUAAGAGCUGGAAGCUGACUAAAACAUUUGUGCAUUAUUUUGAAUUCUAGUAGAAAUGUCUCUUAAUGAAAAAAAUCUAUCUUGAUUUCUACAUUUUUAUAAGGGAGGGAUAUUAAAAAAUAAUGGCAUGAAUGGAAAAAUCAAUCUGAUGUUAGCUGACUUAUUUGUUGGCAAUCAAGCUAUACAACUGUCUCCUGAAAAUCAGUGUAUAUCUCUUACUUCUGUCAAUAUAUCUAAUGAUUACAGACUGUCAUUGGUAGAUAACCUUGUGAUAGAUCUGGGUAUAUGGUAUACUUAAUUCUGUAUAUUGUCAUCCUACUUUGUAAAUGUCUAUAUGUCAUGACAUAGUGUGUAAAUGUCUUUAUGUCAUGACAUAGUGUUCCAAUAUAUGCCAUUACUUGACAAGUCUUCCAUUUUGUAAGCACAAGGUACUUGAAUAUUAAUUCCUUGUUACAUUUAAUUUAUUAAUGUUGAUGAUGUCGGCUGUGUUAUUGACAGGUAUGUGAAUGAUAUUGGAAUGGGGAGUGGAUGUAUGUUAACAUGUUAUAUCAUUGUUGCAUUUUUUGCUUGUGUACCCUGUAUGUUUAUUUUUGACAUAAUAAAUCACGCAUUGCAAAAAUAA